GCACUCCGCCCCUCCCCCGCUCUCCGGGCGUAGGGCGGGCGGGCGCUGCGGCGGCCGCGGCUGCUGCUUCUUCGGGCCAUUUUGCUGUGGAGCGGCGGGGAGGAGGAGCCGCCGAGGAGACCCCGGGCGAGGAUCUACGAGCCGAAGGAGGCCGCGCGGACUCCGGGCUUUCCGCCGUCGCGGGGAUCUCGGGGGGCAAAGGGAUCGCCGGGGAGGGGGACCAGAGAGCCGCGCCCGCCGCGCGGAGCGCCCCUUCGCGUCCCCUGCACCAUGAGCUGGGGCACCGAGCUCUGGGAUCAGUUUGACAACUUAGAAAAACACACACAGUGGGGAAUUGAUAUUCUUGAGAAAUAUAUCAAGUUUGUGAAAGAAAGGACAGAGAUUGAACUCAGCUAUGCAAAGCAACUCAGGAAUCUUUCAAAGAAGUACCAACCUAAAAAGAACUCGAAGGAGGAAGAAGAAUACAAGUAUACGUCAUGUAAAGCUUUCAUUUCCACCCUGAACGAAAUGAAUGAUUACGCGGGGCAGCAUGAAGUUAUCUCCGAGAACAUGGCGUCACAGAUCAUUGUGGACUUGGCACGCUAUGUUCAGGAACUGAAACAGGAGAGGAAAUCAAACUUUCACGAUGGCCGUAAAGCCCAGCAGCACAUCGAGACUUGCUGGAAGCAGCUUGAAUCCAGUAAAAGGCGAUUUGAACGCGAUUGCAAAGAGGCGGACAGGGCGCAGCAGUACUUUGAGAAAAUGGACGCUGACAUCAAUGUCACAAAAGCGGAUGUUGAAAAGGCCCGACAACAAGCUCAAAUACGUCACCAAAUGGCAGAGGACAGCAAAGCAGAUUACUCAUCCAUUCUCCAGAAAUUCAACCAUGAGCAGCAUGACUAUUACCAUACUCACAUCCCCAACAUCUUCCAGAAAAUACAAGAGAUGGAGGAAAGGAGGAUUGUGAGAAUGGGAGAGUCCAUGAAGACAUAUGCAGAGGUUGAUCGGCAGGUGAUCCCAAUCAUUGGGAAGUGCCUGGAUGGAAUAGUAAAAGCAGCCGAAUCAAUUGAUCAGAAAAAUGAUUCACAGCUGGUAAUAGAAGCUUAUAAAUCAGGGUUUGAGCCUCCUGGAGACAUUGAAUUUGAGGAUUACACUCAGCCAAUGAAGCGCACUGUGUCAGAUAACAGCCUUUCAAAUUCCAGAGGAGAAGGCAAACCAGACCUCAAAUUUGGUGGCAAAUCCAAAGGAAAGUUAUGGCCGUUCAUCAAAAAAAAUAAGCUUAUGUCCCUUUUAACAUCCCCCCAUCAGCCUCCCCCUCCCCCUCCUGCCUCUGCCUCACCCUCUGCUGUUCCCAACGGCCCCCAGUCUCCCAAGCAGCAAAAGGAACCCCUCUCCCACCGCUUCAACGAGUUCAUGACCUCCAAACCCAAAAUCCACUGCUUCAGGAGCCUAAAGCGUGGGACUCAGUCUUUCUGUUUUCACAAAGAACUCAUGAAGAGGACGAUAGGGAAACCCACGUAUGCCUUUGAGGCUAGGGACUAUGUUCUUUCUCUCAAGCUGGGUGCAACACCGGAGGAUUUCAGCAACCUCCCACCUGAACAAAGAAGGAAAAAGCUGCAGCAGAAAGUCGAUGAGUUAAAUAAAGAAAUUCAGAAGGAGAUGGAUCAAAGAGAUGCCAUAACAAAAAUGAAAGAUGUCUACCUAAAGAAUCCUCAGAUGGGAGACCCAGCCAGUUUGGAUCACAAAUUAGCAGAAGUCAGCCAAAAUAUAGAGAAACUGCGACUAGAGACCCAGAAAUUUGAGGCCUGGCUGGCUGAGGUUGAAGGCCGGCUCCCAGCACGCAGUGAGCAGGCGCGCCGGCAGAGCGGACUGUACGACAGCCAGAACCCACCCACAGUCAACAACUGCGCCCAGGACCGCGAGAGCAGCCCAGAUGGCAGUUACACAGAGGAGCAGACUCAGGAGAGUGAGGUGAAGGUGCUGGCCACGGAUUUUGACGACGAGUUUGAUGAUGAGGAGCCCCUCCCUGCCAUAGGGACGUGCAAAGCUCUCUACACAUUUGAAGGUCAGAAUGAAGGAACGAUUUCCGUAGUUGAAGGAGAAACAUUGUAUGUCAUAGAGGAAGACAAAGGCGAUGGCUGGACCCGCAUUCGGAGAAAUGAAGAUGAAGAGGGUUAUGUCCCCACUUCAUAUGUCGAAGUCUGUUUGGACAAAAAUGCCAAAGGUGCUAAGACUUAUAUUUAAUACCAUAAAAAAAAAAAAAAAAACUUUAAAAAAAUGGAGUUGUUUCUCCCCACAACCGUGACUGUUACAGGCAGUUCCUCAAGAGACUGGCUGGCAAGCACCGUUGUGCGCGUUCUCCUGUAGUCUCACGUGGACUUCAGGGUCCGGGCACCUGAAUUGCCUUGUCUAGUUUGGGCUGUAAUCAAGUUUCACUUGCUGAUGAAAUUUUAUGUGGAAAGCUGCCAACCGCCAGCUUACAGCUGUGUCAUUCGAAAUCUGAUAAACAUUUCUUCUUUUGGCAGUAUCUGUAGAUUAAAAAAAAAAAGUUGCAUUGUAGCUUCUCAUCUUUCUGAAUUUAAAAGCCGGCACACAUCAUGCAGGUGCCAAAGACUUCCCUACUCUUGUUUAUAUCUAGUAUCCACCAUACACUGAGCUACAUUAGGAGGUUACAGAUUGUAACUUAAUAAACUGAACUGUGUUAGUUUGUUAAAUUGUAUGCUCAUUCACUUGGGAGGAAGUCACAAGUAAAAUAACAUCUCCUCCUUCUUGACUAAAGCAGUAAAUAAGAUUCUUAUAUUGGCAUCAAAAGUGUGUAUUUUUACUUAAACGUGGUCAGCAUCCUUGCUAGGGCAUCACGAGUAUCCUGUUACAUCUAUAUGAUCCCAGAUAACCAGCUGAAAUCUGGAAAAGUUUGGUGAAUUGACCAGUUGAUUUUUACAUGGCAUUGCUGAUUUUCCAAAUGUCACCAAAUUGACAGGUUUUUGUUGUUGUUGUUGUGUUUGUGUUUUGUUGUUGUUGUUGUUUUGAGACAGGGUCUGGCUCUGUUGCCCAGGCUGGAGUACAGUGGCUCACUGCAACCUCUGCCUCCCCCAGGUUCAAGCGAUUCUCCUGCCUCAGCCCCCCGAGUAGCUGGGAUUACAGGCAUGCACCACCACGCCCGGUAAUUUUUGUAUUUUUAGUAGAGACGGGUUCGCUGUGUUGGCCAGGCUGGUCUCAAACUCCUGACCUCAAGUGAUCUGCCUGCUUCUGCCUCCCAAAGUGCUGGGAUUACAGGCGUGAGCCACUGCGCCUGGCCCAAAUUGACAGUUGAUCAGAUGUGCUAGUGCUGUUUAGAUGCAGUUACUUAAAAGCAGAGCAUGUCCAUGCAUCAGCUCGUUUUGGCUGUGAUUUUCUGUCACACUUGGUUCUGUUUCUGUUGGUUUUAACUCACGCUUGCCCAGGUGGGGCUAUAAAGAGAACGUGGUGUGGCAGCAACUGCUUCUCCCCACAGACACGGAUCUCAGCACAUCGCUGUUCAAAGAGUUUGGGGGUUUGCUUUUGUUUUUUUGUUUUGUUUUUUGUUGUUGUUUUUUGCUUUCAAUCAUUGGCAAAGUUUGGAUUUACUGGAAAUUAUUUUAGAAUUUCUGGCUCAUUUUAUACAAUUAACUGUAGCCAGAAUGAAGUAAAAUGUCUCACCACAUCGAAAGGAAUCUAGGCCACAUGAGAAUUUGCAUUUUUAAAUUGGCAUUGAUGUGGGAGGGGAGAUAGUGAAGUUGGUCACACGCGUAGAUGGUUGCCAGGCAUUUCACUGGGCCCAUUGCGAGAAUCCACCCCGAGAUCAUAGACAACCCACUACAAAUGGGUCAGAAUGAAGGUGUUGGGUCAGAUUCUCUUUUUAUUUGAUUUUGAAAAUUAUUUCCUUGUGUCCCUCGUGCUUUCAAGUAGGAAAUUAGCCCCUGCCUCUACACUGUGUGUUCAUUUGAUCAGCUCAAGUCCAUUUAAAGCUGAUUUUCCAAGCAGUAGCUGCACAUUCAGGCUCUAGAACCUAGUAGGGGUUCUGGAUGUUAGGGGCCAUGUUUCAAGAUUCUCGCAGCCACUUAACCUUUACUUAGUGACAGCCUGAUUUUUUAAAAAACAUACUUUUUUUUUUUUUUUUUUUGAGACGGAGUCUUGCUCUGUCGCCAGGAUGGAGUGCAGUGGCACAAUCUUGGCUCACUGCAACCUCUGCCUCCCGAGUUCAAGCGAUUCUCUUCCCUCAGCCUCCGGAGUAGCUGGGACUACAGGCGUGUGCCACCACGCCCGGCUAAUUUUUUGUAUUUUUAGUAGAGACGGGUUUCACCGUGUUAGCCAGGUUGGUCUCGAUCUCCUGACCUCGUGAUCCAUCCGCCUUGGCCUCCCAAAGUGUUGGGAUUACAGGCGUGAGCCACCGUGCCUGGCCUUUUUUUUUUUUUUUUUUUUUUUUUUGAGACAGAGUCUCACUCUGUCACUUAGGCUCAAGGGCAGUGAUACAGUCCUGGUUCACUACAACCUCUGCCUCCCAGGUUCAAGUAAUUCUUGUGCCUCAGCCUCCCGAGUAGCUGGGAUUACAGGUGCCUGCCACCACACCUGGCUAAUCUUUGUUUUUUCUUUUUUUUUUUUUUAAUGGAGACGGGUUUUCACCAUGUUGGCCAGGCUGGUCUCAAACUCUUGGGCUCAAGUGAUCCGCCCGCCUCAGCCUCCUAAAGUGCUGGGAUUACAGGGUGAGCCACCGUGCCAGGCCCACAUUUCUUUUGGAUACUAUUGCUGACAUAGUAUCAAUAAAGGCACCCAUCCUAACCCUAGGCCUCUUUGUAAAUAUUGCAGCAAGAAAAUCAGCUGACCCUUCAACCACAGGGAUCUGUUUAAAUGAGCAGUAGCAAGUUUCUAGCUUUACCCCAGUAAACAAGUGAAUGGGAAACCUAAGGUAUUAAAAUCUGACCUUUCUAUCCGAUGACAAACUCAUUUCCAGUCUGUGAGCUCCUGGACAAAGCAAACUAACCACUGAAAAAUUUGAAAAUAGGGCAAGACGACAUUAACCUUGUGAAAGUCUGCUUUGAAAAAAGGCAUUCUGUCAAGCUGUGUAUUUUUUUCUUAUUUAAUUAUUCAAAUUUAGUUAUUUCGUUAUUCACAUUUAAUUCAGAAAAUAGCUCAGUUGGUUUCAGGGGGAAUGGGGUGGGAGGGGUCUGGGCACAUAAAUCUAUGAUGAUAAUUGUAAAUGUAUGAUCAUUAAGUUGUAUGCCUCAGUACUAUAACAGGUGAAUCUCUGUAAUAUUGACUAAACAGUUAAAGAUAUUUUGUAAAUUUCAGGUCCAUCUCAUCAAUGCAUGAAAUAUUAGAAAACCAAAUUCCAAAGAAUCAGGAAUUUCCAUUUCCACCCAAAGUAUACUUUAUUAUCUUCUAGCAGUUCUCUGUUAAAAGAAGCAAAAUCUCAGCUACUUAUAUAAUUUUCUCCUUUUAUUUGAAAGUUACGCUUAGAGAUUGAUGAUAUGUACAGAGAAGCCUUUCCUCCCUACUCUGUUUAUAACUCUGUCCAACUUGCCCACAAACACUGCCCUCCUUAAACCCAUCUGAUGUGGGCAAAGCCACUGUUUUCUUAGGCGCUAACUCAGUGCAGCUGUUUUAUUUUUAUAAUGCCGGUCAACCUUUUGUGUGUGUGUGUGUGUGUGGUGUCUACGAUGUGCUUAUUAUUUAAUAAUUGCCAAAAUAUUUAGACUAGAGUAACUUCCGGUGGGUCAAUUGGAUUGUGACUUUCUUUUGUGGCUUUUUGGUUUUUCGAUUGCUCUCUGUUAAAUGUUUUCAUAAUUCCCCCCACAGAAUACAUGUGUAUAUACUGCAACUUAAAAACUAAAAGCAGUACUUGAAUGAGUUGUUUUAAUGUUGUACUUUUAUCUGUUUGUUUUAUGGGUUCUCCUGCUGCCUAAUGACCUUUCUGUUUUUAUAACUGCCGGAAAGCCGCGAAGCCUCUCGCACGGGGAGCUAGGUCCCCGCUGCGGCUCCGCACUUGAGUUUAUUAUAAACUCUGGGGUUCUGAGUAAGUUUUGUUUGAAUACAGCAACAUGAUUGUCUCUUUCUAUUCUUAUCCUAAAAGAAAAGACUCUGUCUGGCAUCUUUUAGUUGUACCCUCAUAUCUGCCUCUCUAAUAAAUGUUAUAUUUUUUCUCA